UGUCUUAGAUUUCUGGUCUCCCAAGAAAGACAAUCAGUAUCAGUGUACUCUUCUGGAGCUAAAGAUAUUCAGACCUCUCUGGCUGGAAAUGGCAGGGAUUGGUUGCUAUUGUUCUUCAUCAGCACUCUCUUUUCGCAGCAAUUUAGCGACAUCCUCUCUGGUAGUCCGGAUUCAGCAAGGAGGGACAGUGACUGGGAUACCUCUACGAAGAAGGCCCUUAUCAGUCAGAGCUGAAGUAAAUUAUGUUAAUGCUGAAGAUGCAAAGAAACUAGUAGCAGCUGACGGAUAUGCACUUGUAGAUGUCAGGGACAAAGUUCAAUUUGAAAGGGCACACAUUAAGGAUUCCUAUCAUAUUCCACUCUUUACUUUGAACAAUGACAAUGACAUAGGAACCAUAAUAAAAAGGACUGUGCAUAAUGGUUUUUCUGGUCUAUUUUUCGGAAUAGCAUUUACAAAGCCUAACCCUGAUUUUGUGCAAUCUGUUAAGAGCCAAUUUUCACCAGAAAGCAAGCUCUUACUUGUGUGUCAGGAAGGACUGAGGUCUGCUGGAGCUGCCCAGAAAUUAGAGGCUGCUGGCUACCAAAACAUAGCCUGCAUGACAUCUGGGCUUCAAUCCGUGGAGCCAGGAACAUUUGAUUCUGUUGGUUCCUGUGAGCUCCAAAAUGCAGGCAAGGCUGGUUUGGUGACAGUGCAAGGAAAGAUCUCAACUGUUCUAGGAACCGUACUUGUCUGUGCUUUUCUUUUCAUUACUUUCUUCCCCGAGCAAGCAGAAAAACUCCUUCAGAUGGCUCCUUCAGGCUAAUGCCACGAUUCUUGUUUUUCAUAUGCAUGAGUAUAUUUCUCUGCACGUCAUUCAUUUACACAAUUUGAGGAAGUUCAGGAAAUUUUUUAAAUCAGGAGAUUCUGAUUUCCUUUGCGCAGCGAAAAACGAGGGGGAAAAAAACUAAUGAAGUUUUCAUAGCGCGAGAGAUAUUAAAAUUCUUCUUCUUUUUUUUUUUUUUUCGGUUCAAUGCUAGUGCGCAGACAAGUUUCAGAAAAAAGGGAUUUACAUUAACGAAGUCUCCUUUUAGUGCUGUUAUUUGGAACAAUAUCCUCCCAGUUGCACAACUGCGCAAAGUUUAGGAUUGUUCAUUGUAGUUAGCAUGAAAACUUUCAUAUA